AUGAGUCUCGACGGUCUGCUCGAUUGCGUGAGCACCGGUACCUUCUCCUGUCCUCCCUCACCGAAAGGGAAAUCCUACUUGGACCCGGACGACAGAAGGCAACUGUCGGGCAUCGAUGUGUCCAGCUACGAGUCGCUGGAGAAGUUCAGUUACGCGCUCGAAACACUCAAAAUAUCGGACGCUUACGAAGUACCACCACCACUACCACCCUCGGUGGUCAUCCCGAUACUGGCCGCGGAUCCCCUGAAACCCGGUGGUCAGCAUGCUCCGACGUUGGGCGAUCAGCAAACGGAAGAGGAUGGUGAUCGGGAGAAGCAACGGAAGCUGAGCGAUUGGUAUUACAUCAAAACGGCCCCCACGAAGAAACCGUCGAGCCCGUUCGAGCGCCGUCGUGCUACGCAAACACGCCAAGGUCCGGCAUUGCGACCGGUUCCGGUUGUAGCACCACGAACGACAACGACGACGACGGCGACGACGGCGGCGAUGAACAGUCGUAACGGUUCGUUGGACCGUCGGACCGGGCGUGCUCUACUGGGCGAGAGCUAUGAGCACCUCGACCAAGGCCAACCGGCACUGGUUGGUCAUAAAUUUUCAUCUCCUAUCCCGCGGCCACGACGGUUUGCCCUGGACUCGUCGACCGGAGGUGGAACGCCAGCACAUCACUGGGAGCUACUGGAUCCGAGGAAUCGGCAUCAGCACCAGCAGCAGGCCCCGCACUCCGUCACCAAGUCAGCCUCAUCGUCGAGCGUUAAUCUGGGUAGUCGUGCCGGGAUGGCCGGGAUGCUGCGUUCCGGGCAUACCGGCCGGAUGCACUCGAACAGUGACCUACAGCAGGUUGGCACUCGGCGUGCCAUCGCCCUACCCUCGGCACCACUCGCCCUAGACGACGAACUUCUCGGUGAGCAACCGGCGACGACGAUGGCGACGACGAUGGCGGGAUCCUUGGGGCCAACGGAACGCUUCUCACCCUACUGUCGCCGUCGCCGGCCACCACCGCCACCCCUCGUACCUCAGUGGUUCCCACCGCCACCACCUCCUCCGUACCACUACCCUCAUCAUCAGCAUCAGCAUCAGCAGCGGACGCUACUGCCACUGACAACCGACGCAGAAUCGCGGAAUAUUUAUGAGAACUAUCCGGCGUUGGUCGCCACGACGGCCACCGUUACCACCACCACCAACGAAGGAAGCACGCUGCCAGUGCCACGUUCCCGAUCCAUCAACAACGCAACACCCGGAAAUGGUUCGAACGCAACGCACCGUCCGGAACGCAUCGAGGAGCACGACGAGGUGUUCGCGUACAAGCGCGUGCCGGAUACGGUGCGGCCACUGCCACGACCACCGAUCGGUUCGGACAGUGACGACGACGAUGGCGGAAUCGAUCCGGUGACGGGACAACCGAGGCCGGUCGAGAAGAAAAGCUCGCUUACCCGGUGUUAUCCUACAAAGUCACAACCAUCGGCACCGCCACAACAGCAACAGCAGCAGCAGCAGCAGGUGACAGCAACAGGAAGCACCGGAACGGGCAAGGCAUCGGCAUCGACGCCGUACCGAAGCGAGUAUGAACUGUCCGGUUCGUACGUUUCGCUCGAAUGUCCUUCACCCCCCGGGCCACCGGCCUGUGGACCGGAUGGACGCCGUGGUGAUCCACAGGCCCGGCUAGCGAACUAUCUCCGUACGCUCUAUACCGAGCUGGCGCUAAAGGAACCGGUCCUGCCAAGCUGGGUCCAUCCGGUUGCACCGGGUGCACUCUGUCCGGCCCGGCUCGAACCGGAGCUACGCCUGCACAUACACUCGCACGGCCUGAACGAGGCGAUCGGUGUGGAUCAGAUCCUGACACCGGUACAAACCAAAGACGGACCGUUCCUGGAAGCGCCACGGCGCGUACUGAUCGAGUGUCCACCGUGGGUAACGCGCAGUGCACUCGCCCUUCGCCUGCUGCACGGAUGGAGCCGUGAACCACCGUGGCCACCGCGUGGCCAACCGGUCGCCCUAGCCCUCUUCGUACCGUUGGCCGAACUGUCCAGUAAGGGAACACUGGCUGGCUUCAUCGGCAAGGAGCUGUUACCGCGCGGUCCACCGAAUCCCUUCGCCAGCGGUUUCGGAGGUUUUAAUGCGGCCUGGAGUACGCUCGAGUCACUCAAGGGCAAGCUACUGAUCGUGCUGGAUGGGUACGAUGUGCAGUGUAAGUCCCGCAAGUCCAAAACCCUCCCGAAGGAUGUGAUCGAUCUGCUCGAAGGGCGCCUCUUCCCCGAAGCACGCGUUGUCCUGAUCAGUGUAACGGCUUCAUGCGGUGAGCUACUGCCACUGAUGCAGCGUCACAUCACGCUCGAAGGGUUGGUUUGGGGUCGUUCAGUGUCGCUGCUCGGUGGUGGUCAAUGGGGUGCACCAACGCGACUCAUCGACACCGUCCAGUCCUGUCGUCAUCUACGGAACGUGGCACGAACAACGCUCGGUUGCCUAGCGAUAGCGGCCAUCUACGAGUCAACGGCCGGUGAACUGCCAACGGAUGAGCUGGAAGUGAUGGCCGCCCUGUUCAAUUGUGUCGCACCGAACGCAACACACACGCAGCUUACCGAGCUGGGUCGGCUCGCGCUGUUCUGCCUGAAGACGAAACGCUCGACAGUGACGUCAGCGGAACUGAAGAUGUACUGCUCCUCACCCGAAUCCAGCAUCCUCGGGUGUCUCGAUCGGGCACAGCUGUUCGGUCGCACGGCACGCCGGAAGUCGGUCGACUAUUGCUACACCAUCAUCUGCCCAGGGUUGGCCGAAUUCCUGGCAGCUAACUACAUCGUUUCGUUGGCCAAUCGGCCCGGUUUGCUAGCGGCCGAGAUCGCUGGUCUCGCCGUGGGUGAUGAGGUCGAACCGGAGAUCCUAAAAGUGCUAAACUUUGCGAUGGCACUGCUCGGUGCCCGGGCACAUCUGCUGCUCUCGAAGCUAACUCCGCUGUGGCUUAGUCCGCAGACCAUCUUCUCACUAGCGCUGGCUGGCGGUGAAACCGAAGCCAACCUGACAGCCCUGUGUGAGAUGCUGGGCAUCUCCAAGUCACCACCGGUACCACCGCUCGAAGCGAAACCGGUCUGGGUGUCCAUCAAGUCGACGCUGGCCGAACUGCAGGGCUGGGGGCUAGCGUUCAAGAGCCCAACCUGCACCCUGAAGAACCUCGAGCUGGUGUACCAGAUGGAGAAGAACCUGCUGCUGGAGUCGCGCAACGUUAUGGACAUCUUUCUCGAUGCGCUCUCGAAGAACGAGAGCGUCACGACGCUCCGCAUUAGCUCGCUGAUCGAGAACGAGAUCCGUGACUCGGACAUCAACUAUCUGGCGAGCUGCAUCUCGAAGGCGCUCCUGAAACCACGGCUCGAGAGCUUCGAGCUGGUGCUGACGUUACUCGAGGAGGAUCCACCGAUACUGAAGCUGCAGUCCGUGGUGACGGCCCUCUGCAGGACGAUGCCCCGGCAGCCGAAGCUUAGUAACCUUUCGCUCGACCUCGGCCUGUGCACCUCGCAGCUCGUCCAGAUCUGUGCGACGCUCGAGAAGUGUCCGCACGUGACGCGCCUCUCGUUGCCCCAUCUGCGUUGCGAGCGUGGUGCGGUCGGUGCGUUGGCCGCCCUACUCGCGGUAAGGCCACUCUCCUAUCUUGGUCUCCCGUCGAGCUGGGGUGCCCGUGAUGAUCCGCCCUCAUCGAGUGGUGUCAGUAUGGGAUCGGGUUCGGGCAGCAGUUCCGGCAACUCCGGUCUGAUCAAGCAAUCCUCGCUCACCGGUGCACCAUCACCGAGGUCAUAUCCGGCCGGCAUCUUCUCCUCGCUGCCGCGCGGUGUCCUAAACUCGACGUCGAACCUUGGCCGAUCGGCUACGUUGCCACGGCAACCGAUGGAAGGUCCACCGGAUAAGCGGAGCACGGAUUCGGUUAUCUCGCGCACCUGGUAUCCGACACCGGCCUGCGACGGUGGUCCACACAAUUCGGGCACGCUGCACGAGCUACUGCUGGCCGCCCGGGACACGUACUCGCGGCUGCAUGGGCUCGAUCUGAGCAAGGCUCAGCUAUCGCUCGAGGAUUCGAUGUGUUUGGGUGAGACGGUGCGCGUAUCGACGACCCUGCACUCGAUCAAACUUGAAGGUGCAUCGCGGUUGAGCGAAAUCCUGCCGACCGUGCUGGGUGCCAGCGAAUCGCCCUGUCUGCAGAUGAUGAGUCUCGGUUCGCCACGGAUUGCGCUCGAGGAUGCGGCGGUGGGGAUGUCGGCCCGUGCCUUGGGCAGCUGCAUCACCCUUCGGCUGCUCAGUCUCGACGGUUGGAGCUUCCGGAUAGAGAACGUUGGUACGCUGGCGUCGGUGCGCGGUUUCCUUUCGCUCACGAGUGUCCGCGAGCUUGGGCUCAACAACUGUCGGUUCAAUAUGCCAAUGUUCCGGUCGGACGUACCGGUGCAGUCCGGUGCGUACGAGUGCCGUUCGGUCGUCAAUCUUAAGCUAGCCGGUGCACAGAUCAUCUUCUCCGAUCAUCUAUCGAUGAAGGGACCCCACAUGCUGCCCUAUCUGGUAGGAUUCGUCAAUCUACGUGAGCUCGAUCUGUCGGCUCCAUCGCGGACUGGUUUCGGUAGCACGACUUCUACACCACUCAUACUCUCUGAUAAGGAUAUCGUUGGCUUUUUCCACACCUUGAACAACCAUUUUAGUCACCUGAACACGCUGAAGAUGUGUAACUGGAUCAUCCAUCUGGACGAUGCGGCCAAGACGCUCAAGUCGGUCGCCAAGCUGCUCAAAUCCAGUCCGCUUAGCCACCUGAAGCUGGACAAUGUGGUCGCGAUGGAUCGUCCGAAGAAGCAGCGCAUCGAACCCCAGUUCAUGCACGCCUUCCUCGCCAACCUGCCGCUGCUGCGAUGGUUCGGCAUUACGCUGCACGGUAUGAACGAGGAUCAAAUCACGAGCCUCGGCAACUACUGUGGUGAUAUGCGCGGCAUGGAAAUCGAUGUACGAUUGUCGGAUUCGUCGAUCGAAAAUGCGCGCCUGAUGACGAGCAGCCUCGGUAUGGACGGCAAGUACGACAUCCGCGUAUCGACGUUCGGCACCUCCAACAGCAUCCUGAUCCACAUCGAGAAAACUUCGACGAAAAGUUUAUCCCGUAAAUAAUAACCGACAGGCAGGCACUCCCGCUGGAAGGAUUAGUUGGUGAAGCGUAGCGAUGGUUGGCAGCACCAUCAAGCGCCAUAUCGAGACGUGAGCGAGCAGGACCGUGAGGAUGGCCAAAAGAUGGCGGCUUCGGUUUCGGCAUUAGGAAGUCACAGUUCAAGUGUGAGACGAAAGUUUCGAGCCGAGGCGGAUUAUCGGUGUAAGUAAAAGCGAAACUGGUGGACGCGGACACGUAGCAUCAUAGGCAUUAGGUGGUCGGAGUAGGAGAGGUCAUUGGCUGGCUGGACCGUAGAAGAUUGGCCACCCAAACGUUUUCACACAGGAACACACACACACAUACAUAAACAUACAAUAUCCUCUCUCUGUGUUUCGAACGAUUUAUCCGCCUCUUCCAAUGGCGCGCACUGCACCUGCUGUUGCUGAGGAUUGCUAACACACAAACCCGGUUUGGCCGAACACCGAAAAAAGAUUUUUUUUUCGCCUGCGCUGGGACACACACAAAAAACGAAACGCGAAAGUACAAAGCGUUGCGGGGCGCAUUAUGUUGCAAGCUUAUUUCCGUUUGGCAGCAUUUUGGUGCAUUAUAGCGGCACUGCGUGUCCUGUGCGUGCCCUCGGGGAACCUUCAUAUCAUGUGUGCAGCGUGUGCCGCUGGCAGGAGGGCAAAAUGGGAAGUUCAAUAUGAUUUUUUCCGUCGUCUUUUUUUCUCUCCUCAUUGCCAACAGCUCAUGCCGAGGGAGAUUGUGGGGCGGAGUAAUUAAAAAAGUGUUCUCCCGGAGCGCGGAUUGAUGUUUGGUGAUGGAUUUUAUUAAAAGUUUUUAAUAACCGAAAUUUCGGAGAAUCACCACAUAGCAGGCCGUCAACUCACUUAACCCGGACCUGUGCUUGACGGGGCCCCACAGGGUCGAUUGUUGCUAAAAUGCAUUGUUAUGUAGAUCACGUUGCUAGAGAAGGUUAAAGUGCUACCCAAAUGACAUCCAGUAUAGGUUUUGGAAAUAUAGACCCAAAAAAACUGGUUGAAAAAAAUUAACCAAAAUGAAGGCUCCGGAUAACUCAUUUCGCGUACCCUACCGUAUGCUCCACAUGGCACCGGACUCAUCUAGACCUUUCUGACCUAAACAAAAAACCAACGGUUUCCAGCUACUGUUUCUUGUCAGAACUUUUAGAGAACUUCGUAUAGAAAGGCUACAUCAAUACACUGCACUCUCUGCUUCUCUUUCUCACUGGUUUUUAGAAGAAUUAAAAGAAGAAAGAAGAUUGAUCACUCCAAAAACCCGUGGCUUUAUCAUGUACCAAAUUGACUUAUAGGGAGAAGGAUGACAAUAUGAUGCCGAAGGUCUGCAGGAACAGCGAUAGAAUCCGCUAGUUGUAGAAGCUGACCGAUGAUGUUGGGAUUUUUUGUGGGCUGGCUGGUUGUCCAUUUUUUGAUACGAACAAAGUAGGCCAGCCAGCGCAUGGUAAGCGCCUAGUAGAGAGCUCUGGCACGCUUCUACAGUGGAACGCAUUGUUGUACAACAUCCCAGAUAGGGGAUGGACGCAUUGAGGACGCUUUUUUCAGGCGGUUAACCCCGAUUACCCGAACGGAACCUAUUCCUAUUACAGAUGCUACCACUGCCCAGCCGCUUCUCUCAAUCAUCGUUGAAUUAAAGGGAAAUCACGCUGAAUGGGUUAGGUAGGUUUGCGAAAGGAGAUGAUUGUCAUAUGGCCAUUAGCGAAGUCAUGUUCACGAUCCAGCGUUCUGUCCACCAUUGCAGUGGCCGUUCAACCGAGUGUAACUGAAAAAUCAUUAUUUAAUAAUGCCAGGAUCCCGAAAAAGGAAUAAACGCGGGUUCUAUCCUCGUGAAUCGGUCAUUCCCGGAGAAGAGCCAAGGGAUAUGUUUGGAGAGGGGAGAGAGAGAAAGAAAGCUCGCUGUAUUUUAUGUAUGCAAAGAGAAUGGAAGCGAAAAAUGGACAUCAUAUUUUAAGACAUCGUAGAAAGUAUUCUAAACAGACUGCGAAACGGUUCUGGAACGAGAAACACUAAAAAGGACGGAAAGGAGAAACACUAAAAAGGAUCCGAACCCGCCUUGAGCGGGAUGAGAUGAGUAUCUGAUGUAUUGUGCGUGUGUCGUCCGUGUGUCCCCAGUGUAGAUCACGUAUGUAAGUGUAAAUGGUAUCCCGUUUCGUAAUCGUGUAAGACUCUAAUGGCAGUGGCAUCAUAAGCAGCCACGAAGCGCACCCGUCUAUGCGGGGUGCAAUGUUAUGUAGUUCGAUUUCAGUGCGCACCCUGACCCAUCUGGGAGUUUAUUGGGCGGUUUAUGUUGCACACGUUAUUUAUGUAAUUUUGCGAUAAAUUAUUGAUCCUUUUUACAUCAUCACGUUAGAGGCUAGAGAAAUGGUAUAGGCUAAAAUAGGAAGGGAAAGCCGAAGACGGAGCGAUAAACUAGACGUACGUUGUUAUGCAGAGCGGAUUAAGUAUUCCCGAAAUAUGAGGCGCGUUUAUGACAAUAUAAUUUAUACAAAUAUAUAACCCAUAUUAUAGUAUAUACACACAGAUAUACAUACAUGCAACCAUUGUUUCGCUUGGUACACCCGUUUAGCGUACACCGAAAGGAAGCGGAAGGUUACCGGUCCAACCGGUGCCUCUCUUCCCGUCUAUCUGGCAAAGCUACCCCAGGAGCUAAUUCUUUGAAGUUUAAAAUUUGUUGGUAGGCGGCAUUUGCAAUGGAUGUAUUUUGUCUAGCAGGACGUAAAACAAAACUUGAACAUACAACAUAGGAUCAACAAAGAAAUGGAAGAGAGAGAGAAAAAACAAAACAAUACAGAAGCCAAACAAAUUUUAAGAACAUACCCCAAAACCCAUGAUCGGAAUCAUGCGUGACCCAAGCAUGGAUAGCUGGGUUGAUCUAACGAGACGUGUUACUAUUAUAAAGGAAGCGGAUUGUAUCAAUUUCGAGUUACGAAAACAGGAACGGCACGUGGGAGGAAAGUUGUAAGAAGGUGAAAGUAAAUUAUAAUCGGCUCAACUCGAAUACUGCGAGCAGUAUCUAGGUGUUUUAAUGAUAAAAAAUAAAAAAAAGGAAACAAGAAAAAUCUACUAAAAAUAUUACAAAAAAAGCAAGGAGAAAGAAGAUGAAAAUCAGUGUUACAAUCGAAAAUUGCCAAAACACGAUCAUACACAAGGACAGAGCGACCGGCAGGCAGGCACACGCCUCUACAAACACACAUACACACUCACACACACACAUACAGCAUGCACUGUGUAUGAACGCACAGCCUUCUGCUGUGUUCCGCUGAUCAUUCUCUUUCGCUUCGUUCGUUAACUGGUUUAUCUCCGUGGCUGCAGAAGAAGUUGAAGACCACAACCGUUUACCCAUUUCCCACUGACUCUACCUUGCGCAGCAUAUCCUGCGUGCAUCGAGCAAUCGAAGCAACCAUAGGUACUUAUACCAAGCAUGUCGCUUUGUCUUUGCUGAGAAAUUGUGAAUGACCGGGAGUGGUGCGCAUAGUGCAUGGUAACGUGUUUUCGACGUUUCAAAGAAAAUAGUGAAUGUGAACGCGCCGUUUGGUGUGUUUGAUAAAACCAAACCGCAAAUGAGACAGAUCGUAGGAUGAGAACAAAAAAAUCACGAAAAUAAAACU